AUGCAAUUUGUACCCAUAGAAUUUAGUCCAGAAAACCUUAGUGGAAUGUUUGGUUCCAUAUCGAUUGCAUGCUGGGUGAUCGUUUUCGUACCACAAAUAUAUGAAAAUUUUUAUAGAAAAUCUGCAGAGGGUCUCUCUUUAUUAUUCGUGGUUCUGUGGUUAGCAGGUGAUGUCUUUAACUUACUUGGUGCAAUGAUGCAACAUUUACUGCCUACCAUGAUAGUAUUAGCCGCAUAUUAUACUGUUGCAGAUAUAAUCCUAUGGGCACAAUGCCUAUGGUAUGAUAAUGAAAAAAAAGUCGAUCCAAUCCAUUUAUCUCCUGCAAAUCCGAUGAAUGAAAAUGUGUUACAAGAUGUAUUCAACGAGCGUCAACCACUAUUGUCGAAUGGUCAAGCCAGUAAUCUUUUGGAUGUCAAUGAGGAUUCAAGAACUAGAGCUAUCGAUACUUUAAUAGAAAUUGAAGAAGAACAAGACGAAUUAUCUCAAUCUAACAACUUGUAUAAUUGUUUCAUUGUGCUAUGUGUUGUACUCGCUGGGUUUAUAUCAUGGUACGUGACUUACUGUAGUAAGAUGUCGAAUGGUGGGAACGAUCAUAAGAUACCAGUGAAACCACGUCCUGUCGAGGUUAAUGUCCUCGCACAAAUGUUUGGAUAUUUAAGUGCUGCAUUAUACUUAGGUUCAAGAAUUCCUCAAAUAUUAUUAAAUUUUAAGAGAAAAUCUUGUGAAGGUAUUUCUUUCCUGUUCUUUUUAUUCGCAUGUAUUGGUAACAUUACUUUCAUUCUAUCUGUGCUUGUGAUAUCCUCGGAUCCUACAUACCUUAUGGUGAAUGCAUCCUGGUUGUUAGGGAGUUCUGGUACAUUAGUCAUGGAUUUUGUCAUUUUUGGUCAGUUUUUCUCAUAUGGGGUAGGGAAAUCUGUAUCAUUGGAUUCUCAAGUAUAA